AUGCUGAAGACCUGCUUCCUAGCGCACAACGGAGCGCGAACGGAAGGGGUGUUUCGCCUGGCCCCGGACAAGCAGGAAUACAUCGCGGUCAAGCGCUCCAUCGACGACGGCACGUUCAAGGACUGCUCGGACGUCCACAUCAUGGCGAAUCUAAUCAAAGUUUGGUUUCGAGAACUACCGGUUAGUCUUUUCAACAUGCUCCCAGAGAACCAAAUCGCUCGCACCUGUGAACUCGUGGACCCGGAACCCAAGGUUGUGCUCGAGAGUCUGGCAGCGCUGCCAGCCCUGCAUCAAACUGUCACGUUCUGGCUGUUAGACCUGCUGAAUGAAAUCGUCAAGUAUGAGCGCGAGAACAAGAUGACUGCGAAGAGCAUGGCCAUCGUGAUGGCGCCAAACCUGCUCAGCGUCAAGAACACCGACGCUGCUGUCGCAGUCGCAGUGUACCGACAAGUAGCCGAC